AUGCUGCUCGCAAGGACACCCCGUUUAGUCUCCAUCCAUUCGUCUAGAACAAAGUGGGAUCCCGGAAAAGCGCGUCUAGACUCUCACCAUCCUUUACACAGAAGAGGUUGGGAACGAGAACGCGAUCGGAGAGGUUCUUUCCUACGGACUGGUUCUCAACAGCGACAGGAAUUCCGGGGGCCUCUAGCUCGUCUCUCGCACCAAUCCCAGAGGGGAGAAGAAUCUGAGGUCACUUUCCUAGCGCUGUCGACAUUUUUUGUCGUUGCGUUGAGCAAGAUUUCUCCGACCACACCUCGACGUUCGACCACUCCGAAAUCUCUUUUGGGCGCCCAUUUUUGGACCAUAAACAUCCAUUUUAGGCGUAGAAGGCUUCGAGUGGCAAAAAAGUUGAUAUUGAUCACUCCACACGGGUUGCUCGCACGAGUCCGAGCGAAUCACAUCAUAAAGUUGAAACCACAUUGA